CUCCAUUCGACAUUAAAAGAAAAUAUGAUGCCAGCAGACAUUUUUCUUAGAUAGAGCAGUGUAUAAUCCAUUCACGGCGUGGAUUGCAGUCAAGCACGUCGUGAAGGGUCAACAACUUACGAGAAUGAAAAGGAAAGAAGCUGCUAUCAAGUCAACAUUAAUCGUUAUUUCUGUGUUGGUGAUGCCAUCAGAAGUGACGACACUCAUCAGUGACACUCAUCAUUCUAUUCAUUCGGAGGCCAAUCACAACCGUCUCAUCUCACCUGCUCAACUUGACGGAUGCUUCUAUACAGACAGCUAUUUGAAUCGACGUCAUUUGAAGAUAAGAAGCGACGACAUCAUCUACGGAACCGGACCCAGCAGCAGAAGCGGCGAAGAAGAAAGAUUUAAGCAUCAGUGCCUUCAGCCUCGACUUGUUGUUCGGCGAUACGAAAAGGAAGAUGUCGUCCGCUGCCUAGAUUCUUUGUGGGUGCGAAAGGGCAGUAGACAACCCGUAUACAUCGCCUUCGUAGGCGACUCGACUUCUCGGCAACACUUUGUCAGCCUCGUCAGGUUGAUUCCUGAUUACGAUAGAGAGACUGUAAGCCGAUUCAACACUCCAACUGCUGAACAACUUUAUCAUGACGACAUGAACAUUACCAGUCCUCUUUUGGCCAAUUUGAAACUCGCCUUCUUCUGGCGGAAUCUAAUCAACGAGGAGAUGCUAUCUCUUUUCAGGCGAUGGGCAUCUACAGAAGAUCAAUCGCAAGUCCCCGAUUUAAUUUUCUUUGGCGCAACCGUUCAUCACAUGCUACCCAGUAAUCAUUUCAGUUUUGAAACGUACCAAACGCUGUUGGAAAAUGAGUUGGUACCUCUCAUGAAGAAAAGUUUGGCUGUUCAUCCUCACCAGGAGAUUAUCUGGUUGAAACCAAGCCACACGAUUGAGCGCAAUGUGAACAGCGUGAUUCCAGUAUACCAAGAUAAAAUAAAGAAAUACACUGCUAUUCUCCCUCGGGCCUUAAAAGAUACGAGAAUUGUGAUUUGGGACACGAUCAACGCCCUGGCCGAGGAAUACAUCCGCGCCUGCACUUUGACUCGGUACGACCGUCAAGACGUGCAUUAUUUUGAAAAUUGCCACGAUCUCAUCCAUACGGGAAUGAGGGCUAUUUCAAUAGGAACUCGACUCCUCUUGAACCACUUAUGUAAAACACUUUAGUCGGGGCUGCAUGCUGGGAUUGCACGCUCUAAUAUAUAUUAAUC